AAUUGAUUUGUAGUAUUUCACAUUAUUAGUAAUGUAUUGAUCUCUUCCUCGUGUAGAUGUAUUCAAUAGAUUUACAGAGGAUGAUGGGAAGUUCCAGCAAUCUCUUAUGGGAGAUGCUAAAUGUAUACUGAGCUUGUAUGAAGCCGCUCACUUGGGAACAACGACAGAUUAUGUAUUGGACGAAGCAUUGAGGUUCACAUCGAACCACUUGAACUCUUUAUUGGCAGGCGGGACUUGCCGGCCUCAUAUGUUAAGGCUUAUAAGAAACACGCUUUAUUUACCUCAACGGUGGAACAUGGAAGCAGUAAUUGCAAGGGAAUACAUUACGUUCUACGAACAAGAAAAAGAUCACGACAAGAUGCUACUCAGAUUAGCCAAGCUCAAUUUCAAGUUAUUGCAGCUGCAUUACAUCAAAGAACUGAAAACUUUUAUUAAAUGGUGGAUGGAGCUAGACCUUACAUCUAAGUGGCCAAGUCAAUUUAGAGAGCAGAUCGUGGAGGCUUGGCUAGCAGGAUUGAUGAUGUAUUACGAACCUCAAUUUUCAGGUGGGAGGGUUAUUGCGGCUAAGUUUAACUACCUCCUUACUAUUUUAGAUGAUGCUUGCGAUCACUAUUUCUCCAUUCCUGAGCUUACAAGACUCGUAGAUUGUGUGGAAAGAUGGAGUCCUGAUGGCAUUCACACACUACAAGAUAUAUCACGAAUUCUCUUCAAACUCGCGUUGGAUGUUUUCGAUGAUAUCGAAAGAGGAGUGAGGUCUGAAGGAUGUUCAUACUACUUGAAGGAGAUGUUAGAAGAGCUCAAGAUACUUGUGAGAGCAAACCUUGAUCUUGUCAAAUGGGCACAAGGAAUUCAGGUGCCUAGCUUUGAAGAACAUGUAGAGGUUGGUGGGAUAGCACUUACCACAUAUGCAACGUUAAUGUACUCUUUUGUCGGAAUGGGAGAGACUGUCGGGAAGGAAGCUUAUGAGUGGGUAAGAUCCAGACCAAGACUAAUCAAAUCUCUAGCUGCAAAGGGUCGUCUGAUGGACGAUAUAACUGAUUUUGAGAGCGACAUGAGUAAUGGGUUUGCUGCAAAUGCGAUCAACUAUUAUAUGAAGCAAUUCGUAGUUUCCAAAGAAGAAGCUAUUCUAGAGUGUCAAAAAAUGGUGGCAGACAUCAAUAAGACAGUAAAUGAGGAGCUACUAAUGACAACAAGCGUGCCACGUCGAGUUCUCAAGCAAGCACUCAAUUUUGGACGCUUAUUGGAACUCCUCUACACCAAGUCCGAUGAUAUAUACAAUUGUAGUGAAGGAAAACUCAAGGAGUAUAUAGUCACCUUACUCAUAGAUCCCAUACAUCUUUGAAGAGUUUGAAUUGUAUGGUUUAUGAAUGAAUAAGAAGAUCUUUUUAUGUUGCUUACAGUAAAUGCAACGAUAUUUU